GUUAUAAAGCAGCUAAAUGGAGUCUGAGCAGCUGUUUCAUAGAGGCUACUACCGAAACAGUUACAACAGUAUAACUAGUGCAAGCAGUGAUGAGGAGCUUUUAGAUGGAGCAGGUGUAAUUAUGGACUUUCAGACCUCUGAAGAUGACAAUCUAUUGGAUGGUGAUGCAUCGAUUGGAACUCAUUAUACAAUGACAAAUGGAGGAACUAUCAACAGUUCAACACAUUUACUGGAUCUUCUGGAUGAACCGAUUCCUGGAGUAGGAACAUACGAUGACUUCCAUACCAUUGACUGGGUUCGAGAGAAGUGCAAAGACAGAGAAAGGCAUAGACGGAUUAACAGCAAGAAGAAAGAAUCAGCAUGGGAAAUGACAAAAAGUUUGUACGAUGCAUGGUCAGGAUGGCUAGUAGUCACACUAACUGGUUUAGCAUCAGGGGCACUGGCAGGAUUAAUUGACAUUGCUGCUGACUGGAUGACUGACUUAAAGGAAGGCAUUUGCCUUAGUGCUUUGUGGUUUAACCAUGAACAGUGUUGUUGGGGUUCAAAUGAAACCACAUUUGAAGAGAGAGAUAAAUGUCCUCAGUGGAAAACAUGGGCAGAACUAAUAAUUGGGCAAGCAGAAGGUCCAGGUUCAUACAUAAUGAACUACAUAAUGUACAUUUUCUGGGCUUUGGGCUUUGCCUUCUUAGCAGUUUCUCUGGUGAAGGUAUUUGCUCCCUAUGCCUGUGGCUCGGGGAUACCUGAGAUAAAAACUAUUUUGAGUGGCUUCAUCAUCAGAGGUUACUUGGGGAAGUGGACUUUAAUGAUAAAAACAAUUACUUUAGUCUUGGCUGUCGCAUCAGGUUUGAGUUUAGGAAAAGAGGGUCCCUUGGUACAUGUUGCCUGCUGCUGUGGGAAUAUUUUUUCCUACCUCUUUCCAAAGUACAGCACAAAUGAAGCUAAAAAAAGAGAGGUUUUGUCAGCUGCCUCAGCAGCGGGAGUAUCUGUAGCCUUUGGUGCCCCAAUUGGUGGAGUCCUUUUCAGUCUGGAGGAGGUCAGUUACUAUUUCCCACUGAAAACUUUAUGGAGAUCGUUUUUUGCUGCUUUAGUAGCUGCAUUUGUUUUAAGGUCCAUCAAUCCUUUUGGUAAUAGCCGCCUAGUUCUUUUUUAUGUGGAAUAUCACACUCCUUGGUACCUUUUUGAACUGCUUCCUUUUAUUCUUCUGGGAGUAUUUGGUGGGCUCUGGGGAGCAUUUUUCAUCCGAGCAAACAUCGCAUGGUGUCGCCGACGAAAAUCUACGAAAUUUGGGAAGUAUCCUGUCCUGGAGGUUAUUAUUGUUGCGGCAAUAACAGCUGUCAUUGCAUUUCCUAAUCCAUAUACAAGGCUAAACACCAGUGAGCUUAUUAAAGAGCUCUUCACAGACUGUGGGCCGUUAGAAUCCUCCUCCCUCUGUGAUUACAGAAAUGAUAUGAAUGCAAGCAAAAUAGUAGAUGAUAUUCCUGACCGUCCAGCAGGCACUGGAGUCUAUUCAGCUAUAUGGCAGUUGUGUUUAGCACUCAUAUUUAAAAUAAUCAUGACAGUCUUCACCUUUGGUAUCAAGGUUCCAUCUGGGUUGUUCAUACCUAGUAUGGCAAUUGGAGCAAUAGCAGGAAGGAUUGUAGGAAUUGCAGUGGAGCAGCUGGCUUACUACCAUCAUGACUGGUUCAUUUUCAAGGAGUGGUGUGAAGUUGGAGCUGACUGUAUUACACCUGGUCUUUAUGCCAUGGUUGGUGCUGCUGCGUGCUUAGGUGGUGUGACAAGGAUGACUGUGUCCCUGGUAGUUAUUGUCUUUGAGCUAACAGGAGGGCUGGAAUAUAUUGUGCCCCUAAUGGCUGCAGUCAUGACCAGUAAGUGGGUAGGAGAUGCCUUUGGUCGGGAAGGCAUCUAUGAGGCACACAUCCGCCUGAAUGGAUAUCCUUUUUUGGAUGCAAAGGAAGAAUUUACUCACACAACACUGGCUGCUGAUGUCAUGAGACCUCGAAGAAGUGAUCCACCUUUGGCAGUUCUGACACAGGACAAUAUGACAGUUGAAGACAUAGAAAACUUGAUCAAUGAAACCAGCUAUAAUGGUUUUCCUGUUAUUAUGUCAAAAGAAUCGCAGAGACUAGUGGGCUUUGCUCUAAGAAGGGAUUUAACUAUUGCAAUAGAAAGUGCUAGAAAGAAACAGGAAGGGAUUGUUGGCAGUUCCAGGGUCUGUUUUGCCCAGCACACGCCGUCGCUUCCAGCGGAAAGCCCUCGACCGUUGAAGCUUAGAAGCAUACUUGAUAUGAGCCCUUUUACAGUGACAGACCACACACCAAUGGAAAUAGUGGUGGAUAUUUUCCGGAAGCUGGGUCUGAGGCAGUGCCUUGUAACUCACAACGGGAUUGUCUUGGGGAUCAUCACAAAGAAGAACAUAUUAGAGCAUCUCGAGCAACUAAAGCAGCACGUCGAACCCUUGGCGCCUCCUUGGCAUUAUAACAAAAAAAGAUAUCCUCCGGCAUAUGGCCCAGACGGCAAACCAAGACCCCGCCUCAAUAAUGUUCAACUGAAACCCAUAGCUGAGGAGAGAGAGGAAACAGAAGAAGAGGUUCGUUUGUUGAAUAGCACAACACUUUAGUCUGGGGGACACUUCUAAAAGCAGAGACAAGAGCUGGGUUUUUUGCGUAACAGUGCUGCUGGAAUCAGGAGCUGGUUUGGGGGAAUAUGUGGCAAGGAGGAAGGCUGAUGGGAACGUGGGAAGGGAGAGCUGCUGUCCUGCACUGGAUGCGUCCCGAGACGUCAGGUCUGCCAUGAUAGUGCAGUGGGCGAGCCCUGCGAGGUGGCGCAGUUCUCCAGCCCCAGCCUGGUACUUCAGUAUUGAAGAGGUGUGGUAUUAGUCCCUGUUUCUGGAGGGAUCACUCUGAACUGAGCCAUCUUACGGAGACUGAAAGAAAGGUCUUGCCCUUUUUACCAUUGAAAACUGUUGUGUUAACUCAUGAAACCUUUAAUUAUCACACGUCACCUUCCUACAUUCCAGAAGAGCUUUAUUUCUCUCUCUCCUGAGCCGUAACAAAGCCUCUUUAAAAUUGGUGUGCCCUUUUGAAGCAGUUGUUUCUCAUAUUGAGAUGUACUGUGAAUUACUGAGGUUUGAUCACAAGAAGGGAGAUUUUUCUUGUGCCAUUAAACAUGUGUGUACAUCAUGAAAUGCUUAGGGCGGUACAGAUGCACUGCGACAAAAACCUUGAACAGGUAAUACUGUGCAAGAACCAUGUGUGACUUGUUUCAGCCC